AUGCCUACAAAUCCUGAUCCUUCUGCAGCUGCUCAAGCUCUAUCCAACUUGAACAUCGCUUUGGGUUUGGAAUCCUCUGACUUGCUCUCACUCGCCAACGCAAUCAGAGACCUCUCCGCGAACCUCUCCACUCAGUACAAUGAGAGCCAAGAAUCUCAAAAGGAGAACGUUUCUUUGUUGACCAGACAGUCUGAGCAGUCCCAGCAGCUCCUCGCCACCUCUUUCUCCACUACACUUGAACAACUUGUCUCAAAUUUCGAGAAAAAUAACGUCGAGUUGAUUGCUCAAAAUGAAAGACACCACAAUCAAAUGCUUGAUCAGCAAAGAUUGUUAGCCAUCGAAGACGCCACACGUCAAGAUCGCAAUCACAAUGACAUCAUGUCUUUCCUUCGUACUUCACACCUUGAGCAAGUAGAUUUCCAAAGAGAGCAACUUCACAACGAUAAGAAGCUUCACUCCGAUACCCUUGAAGCUCUCGAACAUCAAUCGAGAUUGAUGCAGCAAUCCACUCAAGCUUUGAAAGAUAUCGAUAACGUCAACAGAGCUGUUGGUUCACGCGUUGACGACAUUAGAGAUGACUUUGAAGUACACAGAUCUGAAUUGAGAAGAUUGGGUGAUACUCUUAGAGAAAUUGAACAACGCGAUAUGAUUCGCUCCGCUAAUUCAGCCUUCUCAGUCGAAACUGAUGACCACGCUCGCAUUCAAUGGCCAUCACCUCUUCGCACUCCAGAUCCUGAUUACCCAGCACUCCCACCAACUGUAUCUGCGCUCAAGAGGAUGCCUGAGAAUGAUCUCUUGGCUCUGUCUUCUGCUCACACCUCCGUCUUGCGUGCUGCGUGGAUCGACUACGGUAAGAGAGGUGGUGAUUUGAGAAGAGAGUUGCCUAUCAGAAUCGCUUCAUCUGUCGGUUUUAGGUUGGGCAAUGCGUAA